GCCAACAAGCGACAGUGCCGGGCCUACUGACACUUGAUUGAGUCGUUCGUCUUCCAGAAUACGGUUUGAGCGAACCACUGAUCGUUCAAAAAAGAGAGAGAGAGAGAGAGAGAAAAAAAAACCGUGAUCAUGACUUUGGAAGCGAUCCGGUACCGGGCCGGGUCUUUGCAGAUCCUCAACCAGCUGCUGCUGCCGCACGAGACGGUGUACGACGAGAUCCGUUCGGUCCAGGAUGGUUACGAGGCUAUCAAAAGCAUGAAGGUGCGUGGGGCCCCCGCCAUCGCUAUCGUGGGUUGUCUGAGCUUGGCGGUGGAGCUGAAGGCGGGCGCCGGGGGGGACGACCUCGUGGGCUUCAUCAGGGAGUCCCUGUGCCACCUCACCUCCGCCCGACCCACGGCCGUCAACAUGGGGCGAGCCGCCCGCGAGCUGAUGGAGUUCGCCGAGAACGAGAGCAUGGAGAAGAACACGGAACAGCUGAGAGAGAGCGUGAUUGGCUGGAUUGAGGAGAUGCUGGAGAGAGAUGUGAAUGACAACAGGAAGAUUGGGAACUACGGCGCCCAGCACAUCCUGUCCGGAGUCCCCAGAGAUUCCGUCACCAUCCUCACGCACUGCAACACCGGCUCCCUGGCCACGGCGGGCUACGGCACUGCACUCGGCGUGGUGCGUUCGCUGCACGCCCUGGGCAGGCUGAAGCGUGUGUAUUGCACGGAGACCAGGCCCUAUAACCAGGGAGCUCGACUGACGGCUUACGAGGCUGUUUCUGAGGGUUUCCCUGCCACACUCAUCACAGACAGCAUGGCCGCACUGACCAUGAGAGAAAAAGGCAUCACUGCCGUCGUGGUCGGGGCCGACAGGGUCGUCGCCAACGGUGAUACGGCCAACAAAGUGGGCACGUACCAGCUGGCCAUCGCCGCAAAGCACCAUGGGAUUCCGUUCUACGUGGCUGCCCCCAGUACGUCAUGUGACCUGAGUCUGGAGAGUGGGCGGGACAUUGUCAUUGAGGAACGCCCCCCCGAGGAGCUCACCAGCAUCAACGGCGUCCCUGUGGCCGCACCAGGUAUUGAGGUGUGGAACCCUGCCUUCGAUGUCACCCCUCACCAGUUGAUCACGGGCGGCAUUAUCACCGAGCUCGGGGUCUUUCUGCCCUCAGAACUCCAGGCUGCCCUGACUGGCCGACUCACAGCUCUCAAAGAGAGAUGAGUUUACCUAUCCUCUGGUGCCAAAAUGCAGCGCUGAGGUCAACCAAAUCAUUCGCUGCACGCUUUCAACCAAUGAGAGUUCUUCUUGGUGUCUCUGUGACCAGUUGGAAGUUUUGUUGGUGAUUGACGGUGUCUGGUUGAGAUGGCCUCUUAUCUGUUUUUGGUUCGUUCUUGUUCCAAUGAUAAUCACAAACUGGGUUCCGUUUUGUAUUCUGUGGAAGUAGUUGAGAACAAAAAAAAAACAAGGUAGUUGACUGGAUGUUUUUUUAUACAUAUGUAUAUGAAUAU